UGUCUUGCGCUGUGGCCGCCUCCCGGUUUCGAUCAACACGGAACAACAAAUGUGAAAAAUUCAAAUAUAAACACUGUUUUGAAGUUCCCGCACACCCGUCCGUUUGAGUGUUUCCUUCACCCCCGUAAAUGAGCCAUGGCGGUGAGCUUCGGCAAGAUCGUCGUGGGGAUUUAUGUGGAGAUAAAGCGCAGCGAUGGGCGAAUACACCAGGCCAUGGUGACCUCCUUAAAUGAAGAUAAUGAAAGUGUUACUGUGGAAUGGAUAGAAAAUGGAGACACUAAAGGGAAAGAGAUCGAUUUGGAGUGCAUAUUCUCAUUAAAUCCAGAUGUUGCAGCAGAGGAGGAGAUUUCCUUGAGCCCUGUAACCCCACCACCUCCUAUGUCAAGCUCUGUGAAGGUCAACAAAAUCCCUAAGAAUCGUAGAACUAUUGCACCGGGAAGGAGCGAAAUACCAUCCAGAGACAACAGAGUUGGCUCAACUCGAGCACGGCCGGCCCAGCAACAGCAGCCAGAAUCAGCACCUCCUCCACCACCAGCACAACAGCCCUCUCAGCCCACACAGAGCCAGUCCCAAAGUCAGCUAACUCAGCAACAACAAAACGCAGCGAGGAGGAAGUCGAAUUGUGUGAAGGAAGUGGAGAAGUUGCAGGAGAAGAGGGAGAGACGUAGGCUACAGCAACAGGAACUGAGAGAGAAGAAAGCACAGGAGACUGAUACAACCAUUCCAAACUAUGAAAUACUGCAGAUGAUCAGAGACUUCAGAGCAAGCCUAGACUAUCGGCCUUUAACCACAACAGAUUUGAUUGAAGAGCACCGAAUAUGUGUGUGCGUAAGGAAACGUCCCCUUAAUAAAAAAGAGUUGACAGUAAAGGACUUGGAUGUCAUUACAAUUCCAAGUAAAGAUGUUGUUAUGGUCCAUGAACCAAAACAGAAGGUGGACCUAACUCGAUACCUAGAGAACCAAACAUUUCGCUUUGAUUAUGCCUUUGAUGACAGUACAACAAAUGAAAUGGUUUACAGGUUUACCGCAAGACCUCUUGUGGAAACUAUCUUUGAUAGAGGAAUGGCCACGUGCUUUGCUUAUGGCCAAACAGGAAGUGGAAAAACACAUACCAUGGGUGGAGAUUUUUCUGGAAAGAACCAGGAUUGUUCGAAAGGAAUCUACGCAUUAGCUGCUCGAGAUGUUUUUCUCAUGCUGAAGAAGCCAAAUUAUAAGAAACUGGACCUUCAGGUUUACGCAACUUUCUUUGAAAUCUACAGUGGAAAGGUGUUUGACCUGUUGAAUCGGAAGGCUAAGCUACGUGUGCUGGAGGAUGGGAAACAGCAGGUGCAGGUGGUUGGGCUUCAGGAGCGAGAGGUCAAAUGCACUGAGGAUGUCCUCAAACUCAUUGAAAUGGGGAACAGUUGCAGGACGUCAGGUCAGACCUCAGCCAAUGCCCACUCAUCCCGUAGCCACGCCGUUUUCCAGAUCAUUCUGCGAAGGAAGGGCAAAAUGCAUGGAAAAUUCUCACUCAUUGAUCUGGCAGGUAACGAGCGUGGAGCGGACACGUCCAGCGCUGACCGGCAGACUCGCUUAGAGGGAGCUGAGAUCAACAAGAGUCUGCUGGCUCUGAAGGAAUGUAUUAGAGCUUUGGGCCGUAAUAAACCACACACCCCGUUCAGAGCGAGCAAGCUCACACAGGUGCUUAGAGACUCAUUCAUCGGAGAGAACUCCAGGACAUGCAUGAUCGCCACCAUCUCUCCUGGUAUGGCCUCCUGUGAGAACACACUGAACACUUUGAGAUAUGCCAACAGAGUAAAGGAGUUUGGGAUUAGCCCCUCUGACAUCCCCUUCUCUCAGGGGGGAGGAAGUCGAUCUGAACCCUUUCCCACUUAUGAAGUAAAGGAGCUGACUGUGGAUCCCAAUGCAGUGACAGAGGGCAUUCGACCCAAUGUCAACGCCAUCAACCAGCUGGAAAUCAUGGAUGAGGAGUGGGAUUUGGGCAAUUCCCCUCAGAGAGAUGACCUCAAGCUCCUCUGUGAACAAAAUGAAGAAGAAGUCUCCCCUCAGCUCUUCACGUUCCAUGAGGCUGUGUCUCAGCUGGUAGAGAUGGAGGAACAGGUUCUGGAGGACCACAGGGCUGUGUUUCAGGAGUCUAUCAGGUGGCUUGAGGAUGAGAAAGUUCUCCUGGAGAUGACAGAGGAGGUUGACUAUGACGUAGACACAUACUCCUCUCAACUCGAGCAGAUUCUUGACCAGAAGAUCGAGAUCCUUAUUGAGCUACGAGAUAAAGUGAGGUCAUUCCGUUCGGCGCUCCAAGAGGAGGAACAAGCCAGCAAGCAGAUUAAUCCCAAGCGGCCACGUGCACUGUAGACUGGAAUGCACACUCACUGAGGAACGACAAAUACAAGAGUCCUGAAGGCUACUUGAUAGUAUUCACAAGUGUUCUAAAGAAACUCUUUCCUACUUUUCCAUGUGAAAAAAAAAAAUAAAGCGUUAGAUAAUUCUCUUACAAAUCAGCAGAGGACAAAGAAUGGGAUUUUGCUUGUCAUUAAACCCCUUGAUGAAUGACGAUUUUGGUUUAUUUUUUAGUUUUGAUUUUAUUUAUUUACUUUUUCAUCGUAGGUAUAGGGUACAAACUUGGAUCAGUUGAUACUCACAUAUUCCACCCUUUUGGGGUUGUUGAUGUUUGUUUGUUUUUUGUACCACUGAAAUCCUUCAUUCAUAGUUGUUCUUAAUCGUAUGCAUGUACACUCAGCAACUGAUUACCACUCCGUUCCUAGCAUGACUGACUUGGUUCAUCUGCACUUUAAAUAACCUUGUUUUGGGGGUUUGUUUUCCAUACUUGGCGCUGUGUAUAGCGGUUUUGUUGAUUGGCUGUUAUAGCAUUUUAUUCCAUGCCAUUUUUUGAAGGCAUAAUAAUUGAAGUUUUAAGGUGUUCUCAAAAAAGCGUUUGAUGCACUGGGAGAGAAAUGUUGUGCGAAUGAAUGUGAGAAUUGUCAGCAGUCAUUGUUAGUUUUUGUCAGUUUGACAGCUGUCCCCUUCCACAUGACCUUCCCUUUGACGUCUCUGAUCAGUUUUUAGAAUGCUUUUGUGCCAUAUCAUGUUUCCUAUUGGAAAGAAAGUUAACAGUCUACCAAAACACUCCUCCCUUAGUGUUUUACUUUUGAAACUUCCAACAUUCUCAUAUCACCUGAUAAAAUUUCUAACUACAUUUGAAACUACAGCAAGAUUCUCAUAGCAGAUGAAUCGGGAAUACCACUUAUCCACUGCUGAUGUUUUCAGUGUUGGCACCUCUCGACUCAGUGGUUGCUAAAUAAAGAAAGAUUCAACAAA